UGAUGAUUUAUCUUCUUUCUUGAAAUACUCAGCAUAACUACGCCUACAAUAAUUCUGGAUUUAAUGGAAAUAGGUCAUGUGUUGUUUACAAAAUUUCGGACUCAAACACUACACACGUGUGCUCCACAUUAUCGUGCUAUUUGUAAUUAAAAUGGGUAAAGUUAAGAAACAAAAACGCCACCAGAAGUUCAAUUAUAACAAAGAUAGAAAAAAGAAUUGGAAGAAAGCCAAAGGAACACCAACAAUUAAAUGGUUAGUUUUUUAUCAUUUCUAAGAAAUGAAAUUUAAGUAAGCCUACCAAUUUUCGAUAUCGUGAUGAGACGUUAACGACGUGGUCUCUUGUUCGAGUUGUGAGUCUCGACAACUAACCCACUUGUCACUUGUAGUUCAGCGCCAUAAUAUUUUCCUAUGAAAGUCAGUUUAUUCAUCUGCAUCUUUAAGAUGUGUAUAUCAUACAAUAAAAAUAUAUAUCUGGUUAGAAGAUACUUCAAAAUUUGAAAAUACUUGCCUUUUUUGGCUUGGCCAUUUAAUUAUUAUGUAGUCUAACUAAAGAGAAUACAAAUUAUAAACAAUUGCAUUGAGCCUUGUCCCUGACUGAGCUUAUCAAAACAGUAGCUAACACUGUGAGUUGUAUUUGUAGUUUGUGAUGAAUGCUUAGUAAAUUUUGUGUUAACACUAACAGUAUAAUGGCCAAGCAUUGUUUCUCCCUGGCUAAGCACAGUCAUAAUGAAAUGUCACUUUGUUGGGGAAUCCCAGCAGUGGAGCAGAUGAAUAGAUUAAUUGUUGGACCUAAAAGAUGUAUGUGAUAACUUUCCCAUUCUCACUGAGCAUUACUCACGUCAUAAAUUAAAUCUGUUGAUAUGAAGUAUCAGUAUAUAUUUAAUUUAAAUAAAAUUUACCAUUUUUAAUCAAAUCAAUUUUGCUAGUAUUAAGUAUUACUAGUAAUACUAAUUUCAAAAGAAAUGAAAUAUAAUAAUACAUCCUUGCUGAUAUCCCAACACCAGUGAAAAAAAUGUGUGGGUGUUGUCUUUUGAUACAUUGAAAAUUGAAGCACCCAUGUAACAAACUGAUCUUCUGGGGAAGGGAGACCCCUACCCCUCUCUCCACUUUCAACAAUAGACAAUAAGAAAACAUAAAAUUGCAUUAAAUGAACACAAAUGUAUAAAUCAAAGUCUUAUAAAUACAGUGCAAUAAGUUAUAGAUGGAAGGACCUUGAAUUUUUAGUCACGUCGCUCAAUCUCUUAAUAAAGUUCAGUUAUGAUCAGUACUAUUUUAAAAAUGGGUCUCCCCUUUUAAAAUUUAUAAAAUAUGUGUCCAAACACGUUUUUAAAAAAAAGUAUAUGUAGCACUGUGAACUCACUUACCCCAAGUCAACGUUCCUAUUAAUGGUCUCAGCAAGGUCAGAUUUCUACUUAAUUCAUACUCUCGUAACCGGCAUGCACCGCAGAUUUGAAAUAAAAUUAGGAGAAUCCUCUAUUUUCACAAAUGAUGCAAAACAACUCUAAACACAGAUAUCUACCGAAAACUAAAAGCGCCAGCUGAUCACAGCGAUCGCUGCUCGGUAGGCCGCAUUUUUCUAUCGCCGGUGGAGUGCCUAACCUGGGAAACCUUCGUUACCUGUACACUAUGGAACACAUCACAGGCCUCACUGCUAACUGUUAUUCUGAAAUCCGCCCAAUUGCUUUUUUUAUUAUCGCAAACAUUAAAUGUACAAAAUGGCACUAGAUUCAAUUUUCUAGCUUUAGAUAGGCAGAUAGGUGCUCCGAAGCGAUAAAUUUUUGUAGUAACAUAACCUCAGUAUCAGUAGCUGUUGUGGGGUCACCGCUUGCAAAACCCACUCUAAUCAUUGAAUUUAUGUUAUUUAUUUUUUUUAUAUGGACUAUUGUAUCUACAGCACUGUUAUUAACAACACCCAGGAUACAUUUUUAUACCAUUGCCAUGAAUACUAUUCUAUUUAUUGUUACUGACAUUUGGAUUCUUUCAAUCUUCCAGUGAUGAAAUUAAACAAGCAUGGGAUGAAACCAAAAGUGUCAAGCAAAAUCUUGCUGAGAUGGGCAUUUCAGCUGACCCAAACAAGACGUUUAAAGUGCCCAGAACAAAGGUAUAAUAUAAUGUCAUGGUUUUUAAUAAUGUAAAGCAUAAAUGCAAGAGUUUAGUUUCGGGGAAAAAACUAAUUCUUUUCAUCUAUCCUAAUAAAGAUAAAUUGGUAAUUGUGCCAAGUACGCUUGACAAUUCCCUCUAUUCUACCAUGUAUUUGUGCUACUUUUUUCCACCAUCUUUGAUGCCAUGAUGACAGACAUAUCAUAGCAAUAAAAAUCACGGCUAUGAAAAUAAAAAAGUAGUGCAAAAACAAGACUGCUAAAAUGGGGAGGGGUCAUUGUGUUUUUUAAAUUACUUACAGAGAGAAACAAAAAUUAGGAACAAUACUUACAAAUUUAAUGGUCGACCCCUUUCCUGGUGCAUUAAUUUCAUGGCCAACAUAGUAAUUUUAUUGUAUCCCUUUAGAUAUGUGAAGAUAAGUGUCAAACAGUCUCCUCAUAGGGUAUUUUAAAUCUCGUUUUAAAUAUUACAAGUAACCACCCUGGGAAAAAUUAAUUUCAAGCAUUCAGUCGACGUAUUAAUAUUUAAAAAAAAGAAAAGUUAACUAGUAACACUUCACUAAUAAUGAACAAAAGGGAACUCGCUCAUCCCCGUUUGAAACGUCAAACUUACAUAAUUUCCUAUAAUCUAAAUAGGCCUUUACCUGCAAUUUAUUUUUGUGAUUUUUAAAACACUUUUUUUCUUCCUAAUUUGCUAUUUAAAAAGAUGAAAUUGUAGUAUUCAUUCAAUUGAAAAAUGUAUUUACAGGCUGCUAAAAUGGGAACACUUAAUGUGGAAAUGGAAGUUGAUUUACCCACAACUCCUGUUAAAAACUUUGUAAUUAAAGGUAUGUAUGUGUGUGUUACCUGCAGUAACAAUAGUCACGAAAUUUCUCCUGGUCACACCUGCUGAUGCCCAGUUGGUUCGGGUUAAGUUUGAUCAAAAUCCUACCAUUUUUAAUUUGAGCUCUGAUUGUUUUAUUGAUUUUUUCCGCAUUCCUCAAAUCGUUGUAUAUCAUCCUCGCUGAACAGUGUGCUUUCACGAUCAUGUUAUGUUUGACAUCAUUAAUUAUUUAAAUGGUAGAUAUAUUUAAGUGUAGGUCUUAUUGCAGUGAUUGAAAGCAUAGAUUUGUUCUGGGAAUGUCCCUUGUGGUAAGGUGUGUUUAUAACUGCAAGGCGGGAAAGGAGCAAGAAAAGCAAGACUUCACAAAAAGAGAUAGAUUCUGGCUCAUAAUCCCAUUAUUACUCUGGAGAUACCGUACCAGUAACACCUGAUAGUAUUUCAAUAUAUGAAAAUUAAUAUUUCCUCCAAUUUUCUUUUUCGUAAAGCACUAUUUAAACUUUUUGUAGUUUGUGAUACAUCAGCAAUAACACCACCCUGAAAUGCUGGAUAGCUGGGGGAAAAAAAAGUCACAAGCUUUGUUAGGAAAAUAAAAGUCACAGAAACACUUAUUAACCAUAAUUUUAGUUGUAAGUCCAUAUAAUUGUUUAUUACAGUCUAAGUUUAGGUAAAUGGAAGUAAAGACAGCAUUAGGAUUAUUGUGUAUUAUUGUAUGAUUUGUAUACAUAUCAUAAUCAUACAUUGAAGUAAAGACAGCAUUAGGAUUAUUGUGUAUUAUUGUAUGAUUUGUAUACAUAUCAUAAUCAUACAUUGAACUCUAUGAUUUAUGCAAUAAUAGUUACAUUGGUGUGCAUGAAGCCAGUGUACACAAAUAUUAUAGAUUGAUUAACAAUAAUUGGUAGUAAGGGUAUGCAUAGAGAUUAAGCUCACAAAAUGUUUGUGAUUUGAAUCUCCUUAAGGGUGACAUGUUUUUAUUUUGAUGGGUGUGUGUGAUUUAAAAGACUCUACCUCUGAUCGCCCGACACAUCUUCACAUAGUAAAUUAAUUAAAGGAAAGCAAGGGGCAAUUCUUUGUUGUGGUACUAGUUUAGGGAUAACACUAUCCCGACAAGCAUCAAUGGCCUCAAUGUGGUGAGUGCGGCAUUGGUCCGAAAGAUAUGAAAAUUCAUUUGUUCUCCUAAUCUUGACAGAAUUUACCAGUGAGCUCCACUGACCGUUCUCAUCAAAAGAAUUAAAAAUAUUUUUUUUACAAUGUUUUCUUUCAGACUUUUAUGUGAUACUUAUCAAUGCAUAUUAAUAUUUGUGUAAAUGGGUCUUUCUGAUUUUCAUAUUGUGUUAUUUCCUUCCUAUCCCUUUUCUGCCCUUGAAUUAUGGUUCCAGUAACAUUUAUUAGGACUUACAAAUUAAAUUACGGUUAAGUAAAAUGUUUUAUUGUGAUCCUUUUCAAGUGGCUUUUUUUCAUACAGUUGCUCUCUAUUCCCUUAAUAUAAGUUAUACAUUAUUUUGUAAAAAUUGUAAUGUCUGCAGAUCUUGAAGAAAAGUCAAAAUUACCCUACACAAAGAAAAUGAGUAUGUCGGAUGAAGAUGCUGGUUAUUGUAUCUACUUAAUGGAUAAAUAUGGAGACAACUACAAGGUAAGUUGUUGGUUCUCUCAAAGCUUUCUAAUUUAUGUGUACAUUAAAUGUUUUUAUUUGCAUGGCAUGGUGAUCUCAUGGUAAAAUACAUUCAUAUUCCUGGGCGUAGCUUAUUAUCCCUACAGCUCAUAAAUGAAGCUUGAGUACUGUGUCUUGUGCAGAUUUAAAUACGAGUAUUAUUUUUAUGCCAAGAUGGACACAACUUACCACAGUAUGGAAUUGUUGAGCAUAAAUAACUAUUGGUGUUAUUAGUUAUAUAUUUUGUAUUCCUCCAACCAGUGAAUUCUAUACAGGUGCUCACAAGACAGGCGUGUGUUUGUUCACCUAAUAAUACCAAUUUGCUUGUGGGAAUUUGUUUCUAGCUGGAAUUUCCUUGGCAGACUUUUAAAUGUCUUGUAUCUUAAUAAAUCUGCUAUCCAACCACCUAGGCGUUUCUUUUUGUAAAACACUUAAUUGCUAUUAGUCUAAUUGGUUGGUUUCAAAUUAUUAUUUAGAGCAAUUGCUCUGAGGCUGUUAUAUCUUUGUAUUUUUACAUCAAUAAAAUAAUUUAAGCUUUUUUAAAUCAUAUGGUUACUUAAAUUUAAAUUAAGAUCCAUUUCAGAUUAAGUAAUGUGCUGUAAUGCACUUUAAACAUUAUCAUUAUGAGAAGAAGAAAAAAAAACAACUUUUUCUCUAAGAAUCUAUUUUUCAGACUCGGGCGUUACAGAAAAUAAUUUGUAUUUUCCAUAUUUUUGCCUUUAGGGUAUGUCACGUGAUGAAAGAAACUAUUAUCAGGAAACUCCGAAACAAAUACAACGCAAAAUUAAUCGCUUCAAAAGCAUUCCAGAAAUGUACAACCUUUAUCUUGAAUCCAGACAAGGUGAGACAUCUAAUAAAAAGACUGGACCCAGAUAGUGCAUAGGGAAAUAGUUUAUCUUCAUGGAAAUAGUGUGGCCUGAGAAACAGGCCUUUAUGACAUAAUGUCAGACUUCUUAAGAGUUUCUCACUUUCAUGAGCGUACAUGAAAGAAAAACAUGUUUUUAAAAUAGAAUUCUUGCCUUUUGAAACCUUAGUAAUGUUUCUAAAUUAUUUUUUUUAUGAAAGAAAAUUAAUUCUGAUUUUCAAUUCAACAUGAGAAACUGUUCUACAUAUUACCAGACACUCGUUCUGUAACAUCUUGACAUUAUUAUUCAAAUGAAAAGUCUUUUUUUUUUUUAUAUGAAUACAAAAUAGUUUUUCGAUUUCUGUAUUUGAAAUCUUGUUUGCUUACACAAAAAGUAAACACUUAACAAAAUAAUCAAAUUUGAAACACCAAUGGCGUGGAUUUAGACCAGGGGAAAAUGUCUUUUGUGAUCAUUUUGGCCUUGUUAUUGUAAAAGCACUGAAAUGUAAAUGAGUCAAAUUACUCUCUAGUAAUUUUUCUUUGAUGAAAUCAACACAUUGGUGCUUGUGUAUUUUUCAUCCUCUAUCAAUUGCUUAACUGGUGCAAUGAAACUAACAUAGGCAGAUGUUGCAUUCUUAUCUUAAAAACUUUAACUUGCUUUGUGUUCCAUAAAAAAAUAAUGUUAAGUUAAUUUUGGUUUUAAAUUAACAUCUCCUUGGGCCAUGACAUAUUGACAUUGGUUUGAACAAGCAGAUACAAAUUGAGCUGCAAUAAAAAAAAAAGUUUGUUAAAAUUGUGGCUCUGCUUGAAAUCUUGUAUUAUUAUUAUCUCCCUCAUAUGAAAUAAAAUAUGAAUCACCUCACCCAUGAGUUUUUCAUUUGUUUAGCAAUAGUGAAUAAAAUUAAUGAAACAAAUAUUGAUUAAAAAAAUGGAGAAU